AAAAUCGCGUGUUUAUCACUCGCCUUCGCACACACCAUUAUAAAAGCACCUCCACACUACUCCACCAUCAUCGCAAUCAUCAUCAAACAAACAAAAACAUGACUACUUCUUCUUCCUCACUGGUCCUCCUCAUCCUCCUACUCUGCACCGCGUCGCACACGAUCCCCACCCUAUCCUCCGCCAACAUAGAAGCCUAUCCUUCAAUCCCAGGAACCCAAACAACCACGGACUUUUCAAAAAAUGGCGAGCUUGAUCUUGCACCGGUUCGCCGGGAAGUCUACGGCGGCGGCCGAAUCAUCGAUAUUAGCCACCGGUACACGCCGGACAUGCCGUCGUGGGACUCGGUUGAUGGGGUGGGUCAGUUUCUGUGGCUUCCGAAGAGCAUGAAGAAUGGCUCGCUCGCUAACAACUCGGAGAUGAAGCUUCCCACUCAUACGGGUACCCAUGUUGAUGCCCCGGGACACGUGUUCGAUCACUACUUCGACGCUGGCUUCGAUGUCGACACGCUUGACUUGGACGUGCUCAAUGGUCAAGCAUUGUUAGUUGAUGUUCCAAGAGACAAGAACAUAACUGCUGAAGUUAUGAAAUCCUUAAAUAUCCCCAGGGGAGUACGUCGUGUCCUUUUCAGAACUUUAAAUACUGACAGGAGGCUUAUGUUUAAAAAGGAGUUUGACACAAGUUAUGUGGGAUUUAUGAAAGAUGGGGCACAAUGGUUGGUAGACAACACAGACAUCAAACUUGUUGGAAUUGAUUACUUAUCUGUUGCUGCCUAUGAUGAUUUGAUCCCAUCUCAUCUUGUCUUGCUGGAAGACAGGGAAAUCAUCCUUGUGGAAGGCCUAAAGCUCGAUAACGUCCAGCCAGGAAUAUACUCUGUCAAUUGCUUACCUCUUAGGUUGCUGGGUGCUGAGGGAUCACCAAUAAGAUGCAUUCUCAUCAAAUAAAUAAUAGUUUCCUUGGAAACAAUGUUAGCCUAAGAAGGCGAGUGGAAUCAGAAUGUGGAGAUGGGUUUUCUUGUGCUAAAUUAGAGCAGGAGAGAUAUGAUGUAGUAACAUAUGGUAAAAACUCAGCAAAUGUAAUAAAUUGGUUGGGCUUUUUUUGGACAUUUUGUACAGGUAAUAAAACUAUUAUUCCUAAUUUUUGUA